AUGUCUCAGUUCCCCAACAUCCUCCAGGUUGAUUUUCAAUCCUGUUCAAACAUAGAGCACUAUGAGGUGUAUAAGAUAAUCAAAUCUCUGGAGGAAACCGGUCUUCGGUACUUCCUAGACGACAAACACACCAUCUAUCCUGAAUCCAUUCUGGAGUUCUUCUAUCACGCAAGGGUGUUCAGAGGGACCCCCCACUUUGAAACUCACAUUCAAUCUAAAGUGGGAGGUAUCGUCUUUGAUUUCACCGAGAGGGACUUCGCGCGGUGCUUUAGCCUGCCAAAGCACGGGUUGAUAGAUCUAGAAGUUCCAGCCGACAUAAAGGCUGAGAUCUCCAUCGCCUUCGCAUGGUCUGACGAACCGGUUGAGGAUCACGGUACAAAAUCGCACUUGAGAGCUGAAUAUCAGCUUCUCAAUGAUGUGAUCGGUGGCCGAAAGAAGAAAGCCGACAAGAAAACGGCCCCAGCCAAAGCAAAGGAAGAAAGCAAAGGAAAAGAGAAAGUAACUUUCUCGGAACCGCCGCAGCAGACGGAGGAUGAAGAGUCGGCUUCCCACUCUGAAAGAACCGAUACAGAGAAGACCGAGGACGAAAGAUCGGUCAAUGAGGACGAGCAUUCGGCCCAGAGCCCCGAUAAUACCGGUCCUGACGCCAAUCCUGAGACCACCGAGGGUGGUGAAGAAGGUGAUAAAGAAGCCGAUGAUGAAGGCGGCGACAAAGACAAGGAGGAGGCCGAAGAAGCAGAGGCCGAUAGGAUAUCUCUGAAACUCCUUCAGGGCGCCAAAAAGCGAGCCGAGUCGAUUGAGGAGUUAUACCUGGAAUGGCACGAGCACCGGUUCGGCACACCAUAUAGGGAAAUCCUACCGGGCCACACAGACUUGGAAUGCAUCCAAAGACUAGAGGAAGUGGAGGACUUGAUCAUAAAUCUCACAAAAUCCAACACAAUUCAAGAGGUAUUACACCGAACCUGCCUCUUAAAACCAAAGGUCCAACUACGGAAGCUAACCACACGCAUCCGGAAAAUUACGGAGGAGUUCGAAGCGGUGGGACCGGAAGACACCUUAACACCGCGGGUGUUAGAAAGGCUUGAAAAAGCCAAAGGAGACCUCAUUCAAGAAAUUGACCGGCUAGAAGCAAUAUGCAGUCAAAGAAAAAUACUGGUCUAUACUACUCCCCGGAUCGAAACGAGUCUGGAUCACUGUCCAACACCUCCAAGGGAGAAUGCGGCAUCAAAAGAAUCCGAUGAAAAAGCGGAUCCCAAUCUCACCGGGAAAUCCCCUCCUCCACAACCGGAAGUCUCCAAAUCAGACUUCACAAAGGAAUGGGUUGAGGGCCGUCUCCAAAGGCUUGAAGUCUCAACAAAAGAACGGAUUGAUAGCCGUAUUCAAGAGUUUGAAGACUCCGCGGUUCAGCCAUUCAAGGAGAGAUUCCGAAGAAUCGUUGGCUCGGCACUCAAGUUCGCCGAUACCACAAGGUAUCUUUUGAACAGAACUCAGGACCGGCUCUCAGAAAUCGACGAAGAUCAACAGGAAGAGGCGGCUCUGCGCAGUAAAUAUUUUAAGCGAACCGCAAUUUUGGAGGAUAUGACCUCCGAGUUAAAGGAAGACUUCGGUCGGCUUGAAAGAGAGACCGACCAACGAUUGGCGGAAGUUGCUGGGGACGUGGUCAGCACAACACUCGGACGGGUCUCCGAACUCGAGAAGAAAAAUGAGGGUCUCGAGGCCGAACUGAAGGCGCUUUCCGAACAAGUUGCCGAACUGCUGAGGGUUAAAAUGAACGCGGACGCCGCGGUUGUAGAGGCUGAUGCCCAAGCGGCUAAGAGGGUCCAGGAUGCGCUGGACGCCGAAGCAGGUAAAGAGAAGGAGGCACCGCGAUCAUCCCAACUCACCGAAGAAGAAGAGGAAGCCGAGCGGAUUCGAAGGUCAGAGGCCAUGUUCCCAGGACUUGCAAAGAAAGCAGCCGCUCAAGCUGCGAAGGAUGCUGAGCGGUUGAAAAGGGAAAAACGGAGGCUGGAAAGUUUCGCAGAAGAAAACAAGAAGAAAAAGGCGGCCGCCUCCAUUUCAGCGCUGAAAAAGCGAAAGAGGGAAGCCUCAAAGAAAGUUCAAAUAGCCGACCUACUCAAUGAGGUCACUGAAACGGUCAUCUCAAGUAUACCGCAGCAGGCUGCUCAAGUCGAAGAGGAGGAAAAGAGGCACAAAGAGAAGGUGAUGAAGAAAAGGCUAGAAGAGGAUAAUAAAGACAGAAAUUACACUAGCAAUCAUGAUGCAGCCAUUUGCAGUUUUACAAAGACCAACACCAAGGUUUAUCCGACGAAAAUGGAGGUUGGUGACUCAGCCUACAAACAUGGUUGA